GACCGCCAUUUUAGUAGCGUCCGCCUCUAGGCUCUUUUCUCAUCAACAACAACCACAAUUAUCCCAUCAUUUCUACACAAACCGCAAACAUCCAUCCAGAUUUAAAAGCACAAACCAAAUUGGGUCUCUACAACUACUUUGAGAACGUCAAAUCCCCUCAGAACUCGACUUACAAUCCCAAAAACGCAAAUUUAUCAUAGAUCUUCUGAAAAUGCCACCAGCAAAGAAGAGAAAGACGCGCGCAACAGCUGAAUCAUCGGAGGAAGUGCAACCACUCGAUACCGUCACCAACGCAGAAGAACCAACAGAUACACCAUCAGACGCAACUCCUAAGAAAACCAGCGAACCCACGCCAUCAACCGCAUCCUCUGCCACCUCAGAUGCCGCCGCCAAAGCCAAAGAACGACAAGAAAGAUUCAAAGCUCUUCAAGCCCGCGCCAAAUCGUCCGCUCAAACGAAUCUCAAAGAGGCCACUCUCGAAUCGCAACGUCUAGCAACCGAUCCUAAUCUCCUCACAUCCUUGAAUCGCAAAUCUGCGGUCGCAUCCCACAAUCUUCUCAAAGCCGACGCCGAAGCUGCUGGCGAAGAUUUCGAGCGCAAACGAGCUUGGGAUUGGACUAUCGAUGAGAGUGAAAGAUGGGAUAAGCGACUUAAGAAAAAGGAGGCGCAUCGAGAUGAUCAAGCAUUUCAAGAUUAUCGACAAGACAGUCGAAAGGUUUAUAAACGACAGAUCCGCGAUCUGAAGCCCGAUAUGGAAUUUUAUGAAAAGGAAAAGAUGGCAGCUGUAGAGAAAGCUGCGGCAUCUGGAGGUCUUGAGAUUGUGGAGACAGAUGAUGGGGAAUUGGUUGCUGUGGAUAAGGAUGGAACUUUCUAUAGUACGGCUGAUUCGACAGGAUUUGUGGAACACAAACCAGAGAAGGCGGCCGUGGAUAGAUUGGUUAAGGAUUUACAACAGGCGGAAGAGGCAAGAUUGAAGAAACAAAGGGCGAGGAAUGCGGCAAAUGGAGAGGAUGGAGAUGUUACUUAUAUCAAUGAUAAAAACAAGCAGUUCAACCAGAAGCUGUCGAGGUUUUACAACAAGUACACUGCGGAAGUUAGAGAUAGUUUUGAGCGUGGUACAGCUAUAUAAUUAUGCGAGGGAUUGGGUGGAUAGAUUUUGCGGAGUUGUUCA